AUGGCCCCUUCCGCUAUAGAAGAACAAACCCCAAUCGAAAAGACCACCAUCAAGCCAUGGAGCCGACCUGCGCCUACUAGUGAGAAGCUGGAUUGGGCGCCCUUGGUUGAGAUCGAUCUUUCUCGUUUCGACGAACCGGGCGGAAAAGAGGAGCUCGCAAAGCACUUAUAUGAUGCCGUGACACGAGUUGGGUUUUGGGUAGUAGUCGGACAUGGAAUCGAUGACGAGCGGAUUCUACGCCAGUUUAGUAUUGGAAAUGCAUUUUUCAAAGAGAGCCUUGAGGAAAAGCGCAGCUUCGAAUGCAAUUUUGCCGAGGGCGAGUAUUUCGGCUACCGUGAAAACUCAAGAUGGAUUGGAGAAACGGGUGUGAAAGACAAUAUAGAAAUGCUCAAUAUCCCCAAGGCCAUCCCUGCAUGGGAUGAUAUCCCUAAACACAGGAUCGUCCGUCAAAACUACGAUGAGAUUUCAACCUUCCAUCGAGAUCUUUUCGACAAAGUUAUCCGCAAGUUGUUUGUGCUGAUGGCGAUCAUUUUGGAACUGCCAGAAAACCAUCUUGUUGAAGCUCACGCCUAUGACAAGCGCUCCGAUGACCACUUGAGAUACAUGAUCUACAACACUCGCACACAGGAGGAAUGGGAUAAAGCGCAGGCGUACACCAAGGGCGGUCACACGGACUUCGGCAGCUUGACGCUGCUGUUCUCGCAGCACGUUGCUGGCUUGCAGAUCAGGGCGCCAGAUGGGGAAUGGAAAUACGUGAAGCCUGUGGAAGGUGGGAUUACGUGCAAUGUUGCUGACACAUUAUCAUUCCUUACCAACGGCAAGUGCUCAAGCUUCCUCAAAUCAACGAUCCAUCGUGUCGUUACCCCUCCCAGAGAUCAGAUCAAUAUCCCUCGUCUUGGGUUGCUCUAUUUUUGUAGACCGGGUGAUCAUACCGUAAUGAGGACUGUGCCUUCUCCUGUGCUUGACCGUCUUGGUCUUCUAACGGAAGAAGACAAAAGUCAAAGCAGCCCUGCUCCCACGGGGACCGAGUAUGUUCGAGCUCGCGUUCGGGAUGUUCACCAUAAGACUGUGAUUGACCGGAGGGAGAAUACUUUGUUUGAGUUCAAAGGACUGAAGGUGCCGAAUUAUUAUCAGUGA